CUGGGUUCUGGUUCAAGUCCAACCUUGACGAGCACAUCGCGACGAAACUGCAAAAAUAGUCCGGCGCCCUGCCUCAUAUCUCAGUGCAUCUUUUUUUGAGCGAUGAAGAUACACUCUCUGCUCAACCCGUGUCGGGGCGAUGAGGGAAAUGGGCAUCGCAGCUCAACGUCUCCGACACCAGCACCUACGCCGCGUCCGGUGGCUCCAUACGCAUCAGUCCCAAAACGACAGAAGAUUCCCAAAGACGCACCCGUCUUCUCUGAGGGUACCAAGGUCGUUGGACAUGUGAAUUAUCCCCCUUACGAAGGUGAUGAAGAUGGCACCCUCCUUCUCCAGCAUCGUCGGUUCCAGUUGUUUCCAAUGAGAGAGAUCAAGAAGAAGGGGGUUCGUCAUAUCCCUUAUAAUAGCGACAAGAAAGAUUUCCUGUACAAGACAGGACGGGAGGCUUUCGAAAUGUUCCAGUACAUUUAUAAAGUGCCAGGCGAAGACAAGGAAUACGUUGUUGUCUGGGACUACAACGUUGGCUUAGUCCGCAUGACGCCGUUCUUCAAGUCGCUGAAACAUUCGAAGACGGUACCCGCAAAAGCUCUGAGGGAGAACGCCGGGCUGAAAGACAUCAGCUACAGCAUCACGGGAGGAGCCCUGGUAUGCCAAGGAUACUGGAUGCCCUAUCAGGCCGCCAAAGCCAUUGCUGCGACAUUCUGUUGGCACAUCCGCUGGGUUCUCACGCCUGUGUUCGGAUACGACUUUCCCGAGACGUGCCUCCAACCGGACGAUCCGGGAUACGGCAAAUUUCUCAUCGCUCCUGAGAUCGUGCAGGGAUGCGCCGACGAGACGAACCGCUUCAGACAGGAGGGAUACGACUAUCAGAUCUCAGACCCAUUAGGAGUGGCUACGUUGCAGACGCCACAGCUACCAACUUUGAACACGCCGUGGGAGCCUAUGUCGCAUCGCCCAAGAAAGUCUGAAGAAAGCGGCUAUUACACCGGUGGCGAUCAGAACGAGAGAUCGACCAUAUCGCCACAAGUAUCACCACGAGGCUCAGCGUGGAUAUCUGCUUGGACGUCAAUUAACGGCUCAAAGUCCCCUUCAUCGUCGCCAAUCGUUCACUCUCCGACUUUCGAUCGUGUGGCGAGCGAACUUCCGUCUCUCCACCAGCACUUGCGCGAGCAUGGGGUGCCCUUGCAUCGACAGCCGACUUCUGUUCAGCGAGGUCAUUACCAUGAGCAUCUUUCCGCGAAGAGACCACAUUCAGAAAUCAACGUUUACGAUUGCCGAGUCAAAAACUCGAAUCCCCCUCACAAUCUGACGUCAAGGCCUGAAGUAAUCGGAAGCACUGCAGUGAGCGACAUCCGUAACCGCGACCGCACCAAGAAGGAGCUCGAAGCAGCAAAGAUCAUCCUUCAGCUUAGUGCGGCUGAUCAAGAUCUUCCGGACACGAAGCGCACGCGUCGCGGUUCGCAAUACUGA